UGUAUAUACUGCCAGAUUCGAUUUUUCUUUUCUUUUUCUUUUCAUAAAAAUUAUGUUCCCUUUCAUGCCUGUUCGGUGUGGGAAAACCCCUAAACUGAAAUCAUUAUCACAAUUCUUUUUUCAGUGGUGUCGCAAGAGCUUUUCAUAUGGAUUGAAAGCUCAACAAGUGACGAAAUCAUUUUCACAGCAAACUGUAUAAAGAGUCACACCACUUUAUCAUAGUCCAGCUAGCUGCGUCAAUUCCUAGAUUCAUAUUUCUGACCAAUCAAGAUCAAACCGCGUCCUGGAAUGAUCAUUUCGUUCAACGGUGGACAAUUUAUUUUCUUUCUUUUUUAAAUGAAGAUAGAACUACUAGCGAGCUUAUAUUGAAAGUGUUCUAAAUCUUAUAUUUGUCUCCUGAGCUUGAGGAAUUGUAUUUAUAUCUAUCAAGCAAAUUGCGAUCAGACAAGUACUGAUCGAGUAGUGUGCAGAGAUCAUUACACUUUUAUUUUCUUUAGUAAAAGGAGCUACACCGCCCAAUACAGGGCAUAUAUAGGCUAUACUCCUGCAAGCUUUAUCACCGAAUUCCUUGGCAAGCUACUAUACGACUUCUCUAGAUGCGAUGGAGUCUCCAGCUGUAACAGAGAAUGUGGACGCGGUCGAGGAAGGAGUGUUUUCAGGCGUCGAUCAUACAGUAGUGACCGUAGUCGAGGAUGGUAUUGAGAGUAUUGCAGACAGCAUCGAUCAUACAGUGGACCGAGUCGAGGAUGAAGUUGUGGAGGUGCCAGACGACAUUGAGGAGGUGGGAGGCAUCAGUGAGGAUGACGUUAAGGAGGUGGGAGACAGCAUCGAGGAUGGCCUUAAGGAGGUGGGAGGCAUCAGUGAGGAUGGCCUUAAGGAGGAGGGAGACAGCAUCGAGGAUGGCCUUAAGGAGGAGGGAGACAGCAUCGAGGAUGGCCUUAAGGAGGUGGGAGACAGCAGUGAGGAUGGCCUUAAGGAGGAGGGAGACAGCUGUGAUUAUGGCUUUAAGGAGGUGGCCGACAGCAUCGAGGAUGGCCUUAAGGAGGUGGCCGAUAGCAUCGUUCAUACAGUGAGCCGAGUCGAGGAUGGCGUUGAUGAGGUGGUAGACGGCAUUGAGGAGUUUGCAGACAACAUCGAGGAUGGCCUUAAGGAGGUGGGAGACAGCAUCGUUGGGUUGGUUGACGAAAUAGCACACGACGCUCAGCACAUCAUUGAAUCGUUUACCUUUAGUUUACCUUGGGAUCAGGAGGGCGAACCAGGAAGCGACCAAGGGAACCUGGGAAACAAUAUUUAUUUACCAAGUCCUUCCCCAAAUAGCGCCCCCUAUCGGUUCGGGCUACACAUCAAGAGGGAUGAUUUUGGCUACAGAAUCGCCAGAAUCUUCCAAGAUACGUUCGCUCAUCAUGCAAAGCUUCAGGAGAAUGAUAUCUUGACUCACCUUGAUGAUACUGACCUUUCCUUUACAAACCUUAUCGAGGUCAUAGCCCUCUUCUCAAGGGUUGGAAACCCAUUUUCUCUGACAAUCCUUCGAAAACAGGAAUCAGGAGAGAGAACGGAGAUCGUCAUUCAAUUCACCACCAACAUCGAUGAGGUUGAACGAUCCAUCGAGAUCCAGGUCACAGUACAAGGUCCACGCUACAUCCGGGACAGUGAUGACCCGAUGACACCUUAUUACAUCACACAAGACCCGGAUGGAGGAUCACAGCUGUACGUUAACAUAGCAUCGAAUGGAAAAUUGGUCAUGGGACACGAACUAGUACCGUUUGUCUUUGAGAAAUAUUUAACGAUAUUUUCUGAUGGCCCGCUCACAAGCAUUCUCAAAACUACUGAUGGUAAUCGUGUAUUCGAUUUCACUCAACAAAAAAUGGUGCCCUUCAAUCCAAGGAGGAUUACGCGCUAUAUAAUGAAUGCUAUAGAAGACAAUGACGGAUCAUUUGUGUUCCAACAGUUGUCCAGACAAAGUAACAACGGUAAAAGAUCCUUCCUAAACAACUCUAAUAACCAGAUCGUAGUGUCAAAAAGUCGUAAUUCCGUACCGAUGUCAGGACGAUUCGUCUUAUAUUCGGCAGACGACGACGCAACGACUACGACUACGAAUGGACGUGACGAAGGAAGAACAAGACAUGUGAAUGGAGCACAUUAACUUCUUCUAAAUUCUUUUCAGAAACUUCAUAUCAUAUGUUGUUCUCGUUCCUGUAGGAACUUUCAAAUACACAUAAAUAAGAACAUAAUAACAUAAUAAACACAUAAAUAAUAACAGUAGUAUUAUAGAGAUGAUGACAAUAACAUCUAAAACAAGAACAAUACUGCUAUUACUACUUCUACUACUAUUACUACUACUAUUACUACUACU